AGAUGAUUGAGAGAUGAAGUGUAGAUCUGUAGCUGUGGUGAGUGUUGAACCCAUUCUGUUCUCAGAGGUGCAUAGUGAUCUGGACAUGUCAUGCAUUCAGUUCUGAGAGAAGCAAAGUGCUCUGCAUGUGGCGUAGACAUGGUAAGAAUUCUGUUCUGAGAGAUAGAUAGAGUCUCUAGACCAUCUGUGGACGAGAGAAUCUUCGUAAUUACCUUUCUUGAGUAGACAAUUGUAGAACUACGAUUCACGCAGACCCUCAUCCGACCUUUCGAAAAAAUACCCGUUUAUCAGGUGAAUCCUUUUGAAUCCCCCACCCUCUAAAAACGCUUUUUCCUCCUUGAUUUCUGGAUUUCUAUACCACAUUCUCAUUCGUUUUCUUUUUCUUUGUGUCUCCUCACAGUUACAGUAUUUUCUCCGUCAAUAUUAAGAAUAAUGCCGCCAAAAGCAGCUCCAGCUUCGGCAGGCUCUCCUGAUGCUGCUCUGGGAGACAGUGGUGAUGUCUCCAAGAAGCGUAUCGGGAGCAAACGUCUUGGUGGACCUGCUAUGAGCUCAGAUGCCGACUACGGUGGCGAAACACCGUUUAUGUUCAAGAUGGCGGUAUUUCAUUCUUCUUGAAGAGUUUUUUCCUUAGCAACAACCAAUGAAUAAUUUUGAAUUUUGCACGAAGAUCAGGUUUAUCAGAUUGGGGUUAUAAGCACUAAAGUGAUUACUUUUGAACAGUAUUUCUUAACGGCUGGAACGGGAAGUGUGUCCACAGUACUUCCUAGGCUGUCCUCUAUUUGUUCUCCUCCACUGCAGAACUCAACAUCAUAAUUGAUAAAAAUCUCAUCAAAUGACUGCACUCUCAAAUGAAGCUCAAGAACAUGAAUCCUCAUCCCACAACGAACUACAGGUCUACCAACCGCCCACUCCCAACGCUUCUCCACGAUCCGAAGUCUGCGAAGAGCCGCCAGCUUACUCCAGAUUUGUGAUGCAAAAGCCUUUGCUCCUGGUCUACGGAGCCACGUCGCAGACUGGUCGUUGGAUGGUCAGGCAGGCUCUCAGCAGCGGACUUUUCCGCGUCCGAGCCUUCUGCCGCAGUCGUGAGAAAUUGGAGAAACAGCAGCGGGAAUUGGACGAGAAGACGGCGCCGAAUCCACACAAAAAGGAGGAGCAGCCCUAUGAACCGCCGCUGGUGAAAACGAGGGCUCAACUUCCAGGGUUGGACGACAUUUUAUUCGGAGCCCAUCUAGAAGAAGAACGGAUUCAAAAUUGUAGUCGUGUGUCGGUCAGAGUGACGGAUCUGUUUGCAGCACUGCCUGUUGUACCUGGUGCUACUCCAGCGAGGACUGCACAUGGGACUACACCAGCGGAGCCAGCGGGGGCUGAAGAUGCGCCACCUGCGGCAAUACUAGGGGGUGCAGCAGCUGAUGGAACUAAAGCCGAAGCCAAGGCAGGUGUAGAAGGUGAAGCUAAGGAGGGAGCAGCGGCGGUCGAACCAGAACAACCUCCAGCUUUGCCUGCAGAUCAGAAAGACUUAUUGGAAGUUGUGGAAGGUAAAUGCUCUUUGAUCCCGUUAAAGCAACCUACUACUCACACGGAAGAAAGAUACUUUAAUAUUGAUCCAUCGCGUUAUUUUUGAAGAGUCUGAACUUUAUUAUUGAAUGUUGAUGUUCUUCUCAUCAGACAGAAUCUGAUUGCAAACAGGUGACAUCGAAGACCUCGAUCUGGUCCGCACCGCCAUGCGUGACGCCACUUACGUCGCGAUCCUCGUUCGACCGGAGAAGGUUGAGCCUUAUAUGGACUUUAUACGCGCCGUCACGGAGACCAUGUCUAAGCCUGGCGGCAUGACCGUCGUCAAAAUGUACCUGCAAGGCCAUGCGGAGCUCCCAGAGCCGAUCUCCCAGGAAAUGAUCGAGGCCAAUAAGAAGGACCCGAAGUGUCCGACUACAUGUACAGGAUUGAGCAAAGAUGCAACACAGGGGUUGUUUCAGGCAAUGGUCCAUUUGAAGCGUGAAUGUCCACCAAGCUUGCCUUGGUUCGUCUCCAGGCCAUUUCCUUUACAAGAAGGACCAACGGCGUGGAAACCGAAGAACAACGUCAUUGGAUUUCCGCCAGAAAAGAAACCAGCGAAAGCAGGUAUUGAUAGAGCUGGAGACUUUAGAUUCUAUUCUAUUCUUUAGACAAGGAAAUCAUGAACAUGAUCAUCAUCUACUUCUGUGCAUUGGACAAACAGACUUCAUCAAGUAAAUUUACGUUUGACUUUCAUUCCUUUCCACGCUGCAACGAACAACUUCUUCAAAUACUUAGUAUUUCAUUCGCCACCACCCACACAGCAAUGCGUUUCUCCGGUGCUUCACAAUGGGCUUUACUGCUCCUCCAGAAUCGAGCUUUAUGGUUGAGGCAAUUUCCCUAUCUGGCGUACGGAACUGACCAUCUCCAGUACUACCACACUGGCGCCGCGGCACUGACCGAAAUGACUGAACCACCCGCAGGCGCAACAGAGGAAGAGCAGGCUGCAUGGGACGCACGGAUGGGAGGAGCUGCGAAGAAGUAAGUUCGGUGUAGCACAUCCACAUACAACUUCUUCUGUGUAUUAUACUAGAAUGUGGCUGCAGAGGCAGCUGUUAAUAUGCAUGAUACCGCAUUUAAUGAACUUGAAUAUACCAGGAGGUAGUACAACUACUUCUUUUCCGUCUUUGAACUCACUAAUUUUUCUUCGAAAUUGUACUCGAGCGUGACACUCCUUUAUCAACCUUAGAGACUCCUCAGGAAGCAAAACGGGUGCAGCAUUCACUACAUGGGAGUUGUAAGUAUUCGAAACAUGUUCUUUUGAAGCAAUGAUUUCUUUGUGUAUAUCAAUAUCAUUCAACAGCAUCAGAUGAUAUGGAAAUGAGCCAUUAUGCAAAUUGCAUAGAUGACGUGUAAAAUAGAGCAAGCAGUUGCUAGUUCCAAGGUGCGGAUAUCAUGCGACUGGGAAAAUACUAUCUCGAAUCGAGCACAACUACAUCGCAUUCAUGUUUAUCGCAAAAAGAAACGUUAUAAAUAUUACGAAAC